AUGAAAUUUCAGUAAUUCUAAUUAUCUAAACUAGGAUAUUACAUAAAGUACAAGAAUUAUAGAUGGAUAUUUACUUAAAGCAUUACAUUGCAUCAUAAAUGAUUAUCAUAAAAAUUUAGAUCCUAAUGCAUUAUUAUUAGAAAAGUUAAACAAAUACAGAACAUUUAGUUUGCAAUAAAUAUUGUUUAUUAGAAUCUAAAUCUAAUUUACUUAGAUAUAUACUUAAUACUGAAAUUAUAAUGUAAUUAUUUAAUUAUAUAAUCUAAUUUAGAAUAAGAUCAGAAUCAUUACUUUUUUGAAUUCUCUCAUCCAAUAAUAAGAACUUAAGUCUAUUUCUUAAUUAAAAUAAAUAUCCAAAUCUAAUUGUAUACUUAUCCAUCCCAAAAAAAAACAAACCUAAUUAAACUAAACAUUCUCCUAAAAAGUGCUUUGAUAUCAAACCUAAAUAUUUUCAUUCAAAAUCUAAGACUUGGCUCUUUAAUUCUAAAUAGUACAUUUCUAGAAUAUUAACAAUUAAAGUAACUCAAUAAUUUCAGUUAGGACAGAGAAUUAUACAAACUAUAAGCAUUGUAAACACAACAUGAUGAAUACUCUAAAUAUCGUUCAUGGUCUAUUCAGUAAUAAGAACUUAAAUAAUAAAAUAAAUUGAAAUUUGAUUAUCAAUAGAAAUCAAGUAGAUAACUUAGAUAUUCAAUUACUACAUCCACUUCUCCAAAAUAAAAAAGUUAAACUUUAUCUUAAACUCAUAAAGAUCAAGAUUAUACUAUUUAAAUUUAAAGGUUGAAAAAAGAAAUAUCCUAACUAGAAUCAAAAUUAAAACAUAAUAAUUGA